CCCCCUGCUCCUCCUCCUCCUCUUCCUCCCGCGCCCCGCCUCGCUCGCGGGUUAUAAGUGCCACGGCUCCGCCGCUCCAUCCAUUACUCCAUUCACCGCGCUCGCUGUUGGGUGCUCCGGGGUGACCAAGCCGUGCCCGGGUCUGGACCGAGGGGUGCCCGGUGGCCUGUUUCCCCCCCGCGCCGUCCCCGCCGCCGCCGCGCUCCGCUCCGCUCCGCUCCCUCCCGCGCAAGAUGCGCCGGGCGCUGCGCACCUCGCUCCCCCGGCGCUGCCUCCCGCUGCUGCUGCUGCUCACGCAGGAAUUUGCUCUCGGAACUGCUGCAGCACCAGUGAAUAGGAGGGAUCUCUCAGACCCAAGCACGGGACGGAGAUACUUUUACCAAGUCCAAGACAGUGAUCGCUAUUGCAAGAUGUGCCCCGCGGGCACCUACGUUACAGAACACUGUGUAGAGCCCAAUGGCACCAGCAAGUGUUUGCCAUGUAACAAGAGUGAAUACAUCGAAUACCCGAAUGGGUUUCACAGGUGCUUUGGCUGCCGGACGUGUAGGGAAGACCAGGUGGAGCUGAGUCCCUGCCGAGCCGACCGCAACACCCAAUGUGCCUGCAAGCCCGGCACCUUCUGCUCCCCGGACCAUUCCUGCGAGAUGUGCCAGAAGUGCCGGCCCCGGUGUCCCCAGGGCGAGGUGGAGCUGGCUCCCUGCACCCCGCACAGCGACCGCCAGUGUGGUCCCCCCACUGGCACCUCCUCCGGCUUAUCCAAUACCUUGAUUGCAGUCAUCUCCGUCCUGGUGGUAAUUGUGUGUGUUUUGUUGCUCGUUUUAUUCUACAUAUGCCACCGCUGCUGUUCCUCAGGAGACGGCAGAGACCUGAGCGGGAAGUCGUGCAGCGUCGUGGACUACCUGGUGCGGCAGCUGCCGUGUAGCCAGAGGGGUGGCCUGGGGACACAGGACAACAUCCACAAUGAGGAGGUGUCUCGGGAUCAGCUGCUUGACCUGAAUUCAGGUUCAGUGACACCCAGAGCCCCGGAGCUGGAGGUGAUGCCAAGGACCUCGUAUACCGAUGUGAAACCCAGGAGGAAACUGGUUUCAGUGCCAGGAGAAGACCCCGUUAACCUUUUGCGACGCUCUUUUUACAUCUUUGCUGAAAACGUGCUCUGGAAGGACUGGAAAAGAUACGGCCGAGCCCUUGGUCUGCUGGAGAAUGAAAUUGCCUUCGCGAUGAAUGAGCCGUUCACGCAGGAGCCCUUUUACCAGAUGCUCAACACGUGGCAGAACAAACAGGGGAUGAACGCGUCUGUGAACACGCUGCUGGAGACGCUGCACGAGAUCAACCUCAGCGGGACUGCAGAGGACAUCGCCUCCAAACUGGUCCAGAAGGGGUUGUUCCAAUACGAAGCGAGCUGAGGAGCGGGGCAGGCCCUGCGUGUCCUUACUUCAAACUGAAGUUGUGAAUACUUGAGGAAGAAAACUUGAGUUUUAUCUUUAAAUAAGUAUUCUCUUUUUCCGAAGCCAUUGUACUGUUAAGCUGAACCUGGGGAACUUGAUCCUCUCAUGGAACAACAAACUUCAUGGUUUUCUCAGCCAAAACUACAGGCUCCCAUAUUGGUGCUUGCUUAGGAAAUCCAAGCUGCUACCUUGAUUCACUGGACCAAUGCAAAGAGCCUAAAACUAUUUUACAAGCUGCCUCUGGGACCGUCUCGCACGGAAGCAUUGGUACUAUAUGGAUGUCUUCAGGGUUGGUGCAGGGAAGGCAUCCCCAUGGUUUUUAACUGGAUCAUCCUUUUCUUGAGAGGUUCCUGGCAUCACGCAAUGGCUUCUGCUUGUAGAACAUCUCUUCCGCUGGCCAGCAAGCUCAGUACUGUGCGCUCGGUGGACAAGCAUUAACUGGGUUCUUGGGUUACUUUCUCCAAGCUGUUGACUUUUUACAAAGGGCAUGUAGUGAUGGGGCAAGAGGUGAUGUCUUUAAACUGCAAGUGCGGAGAUUUAGGUUAGAUCUAAGGAAGAAAUUCUUCACCAUGAGAGUGGGGAGGCCCUGGAACAGGUUUUCCAGGGAUGCGGCACCCACAGCUUCUCUGGGAGUGUUCAAAGCCAGGCUGGACGGGGCUUUGAGCACCCUGGUCUGGUGGAAGGUGUCUGUGGGGACAGUUUCUUCGCUCUGUGAUCACUGGGGUUGCCUAAGGAAAGGGUCAGUGCAAGGAGCGAGGAUGGAGACCGUGGGCAGCAAACUAUCGGUGUGCGGAAACCUUCUCCAUGUCUUCGAUCAACUCACUUUGUGCCCAUUCCCUUGGCCACGGGGGUGACUUUGCUGUCCCCAGCACAGGGAGGUGAGUGCAAUGGGGUCCAAGCAUCACUGUGAGUACCCACCGUCCAUCACCCAGCUGGCUGGGUCACUCCUCAAACACUUUGCCCCUUGUUCUGGCACUUACACGUAGCUCAGGGACAGCUUGGCUGGAAAAACUCCUGCAUUACUUGAGCCGGGCGCAUCCUGCCCCCCCAGCACAGCACAGCCCGCCAGGACCAUCCCAGGAUGGUGGGAGCACGAGGGGCAUCACCAGCAACGCACCCAUCCCCCCGCCCCUCAAAAAAAACCCAUCGACAAAACACAAAGUUUGUAUUUAUGUAUUUAUUUAGUAACUGUAAACGUGUACAUAUAUUAACUUAAAACCUAAUAUAAAAAUAGUAGUGUUUGGUUUUUUAUUAUGCAUGGUUGUGUGUUUUUUAUACAGAGCUCUGGGCCAGCCAGUUUUUACAUUUCUCUUUACGAAGGAAGAAUAAACUUUUUUUAAAAAAGCC